AUGAUACCUAUUAUUGGAUGGGACUCACGAGGAACUGGGGCUUCAACCCCUAUCCUAGAAUGCUUCGCGAAUGCCAGUGCCGAGUACGACUUCAAUAACGCAUUCCCAUUGGCUCCAAAUCUAUGGCUUGGCCAAUUCUCAAAUAGUAGUGCCGAUGGCGCUGUUAAUUCUGCCAUCAGAUCGUUCGACACUUCUAUCGCUGCUCUUGCAGAUGCUUGCGUAGCUCAGAAAUUACCCGCUCUUUACACUUCAACUACGGCAUAUGUUGCUCGAGAUAUGGCGGCAAUAGUUGAAACUCAACGAUUGGGCCGUGUAGGAAGAGUAAUUGCGGAUGGUGUUUUUGAUGCUAAGGCAAAUGCCCUUAAAUAUGUUAGUCAACUUCCAAACGACGAACUGAGCGUUCGUGCUUCGUUAAACGACUUCGCUGUCUUCUGUUCUACCGCUGGAUCAACAGGAUGCUCUUUCGCCGCUGUCACUACUGCUGCUACGGUUUUAUCCGGACUUGAAAUUCGUGAUGCCACUGCUCUUAUUUCACUUCUCGAAUCAUUAGCGGCCCCCGAACCAACAAAUGGUUCCGCAGCAGGCGUCGGUACUUUCGCCACUUACCCUCUAGGAUGUGUUGACAAUGCUGCUUCUAAUGAAAGCAUCUUGGAUACUGUUAUUUCGCUCACAAAGAGUAUUUCGAUCUCUGAGAAUACUCCAAUACUGAGUGCUGGACUCAUCCCCAUCACAUUCUGUCGCAACUUUCCGCCACCCGACCGCUUGUCCCAAACUUGGGUGCUAGUCCAAUGGACAAAACGGACAUUAUACUCGCAACAGCUAAAACACCAAUCCUUAUUAUCUCAGCCGAGAACGAUCCAACAACACCUCUCAAGUCUACACAGGCACUGCGGAAAUUGCUUCCCACUUCAUCCAUCCUUGCAUAUCGUGGAGGAAGCGGACACAUCUCUUGGAAUGGCCAAGAUUAUCUCAAAUUUCUUGGCAAGUGGGAUAAUGCCGGAGGAUGGAGCUCGCUUUGCAGUGGAUCAAAACAUAUUCCUAACAGCUGCAGCCAGUGGUCUGGUUACACCAGCAGCAUUUAACGGAACUUAUUCCACGGAAGAGCAAAGUUUCUUGACUGCCACAUAUGACAUUAGAAUUGUCUUUUUGUCAAUUGCAUAA